GUAUUGAAAUGGAAAUUUCCCAUUGUACAAUAAUAGUUAACCAUCAAAUUUUGGAAUGGUAGAGUUGUAUUGUCCACCCCAAUGAUCACAUGAUGCGCUCAUGGUCAUUCCAGCUGUAAUGUGGACACUAUCAGUUUGGCGGAGAAGCAGAUAUUAACUUCGCUAGUCUGUAACGAAAUGCUGUCACGCACCAAGAUCUAAAACCAGGUAAUAAAGCACAGAAGAUUGCCCUGAAUACCAUCGCUAGCCAUCAAAUAGCAUCAAACCGCCCUGGAGAUUAUUGUUUCAUCAAUGACCAUGACAACCGAUACGUUUGCCAUGACAACUGAUAUGAUGUCCACCAUGACACCAGACAGUGAGACAGUGUUCAUCUCCGUGUCUGCAAAUUCUCCCGAUUCUUUCAUGACAUCAGACACAUUUCCGCACGAGAACAUAACUAUUGCUUCAGUGAUUGCAUCCACGACUGAAGGGCCUCUUCAAGGCUUUCGAUUUGAAGACUACACUCAGAGAGCCAUCAUGGCAACUAUCAUCUGUCUGGUGAGCGUCGUUGGCUUUGUGGGCAAUGUCAUGGUCCUCCUGGCUGUCAAUUUGUCAAGGAAACUCCAAACUCGCACCAACGUCUUCGUCGUCAACUUGGCCGUAGCUGACCUGCUGACGUGUUUCUGUGCCCCCUUCGUCGCGGUGGCGCUGUUCAGCAUGAGUGGUUGGCCUAUGCCAGAAAUCGUCUGCUCUAACAUAGCUGCUUUCGGCUUUAUUGGCCUUGCCUGUAGCAUCAUGACCUUGGCUUCUAUUUCGAUCAAUCGGUAUGUCCUCAUCACGAAGACAAUAGCUACCUACCGCUCCAUCUACACACCUAAGAAGAUUGCAGCUAUGGUGGUCUUCACAUGGGGUUACCCUGCUCUGGUGGUGUGUUGCCUUCCUAUCUUGGGAGUCGGUAAAUUAGGCUACUCGGAUAAGUACAAGACCUGCACCCAAGACACUUCCCACGAAACCAGUGACCUCUUCAGCUCGUUGAGCUCUGCCUUGAUCUACCCAAUCCCUCUGAUAGUCCUCUUCGUGUGUUACUUUAAGAUCUACCGCCACAUCACAGGCCACAUGAAGAAGAUGAUGGGGAAAGGCAAGGGAGUUGAAAUGACAGAUACUUCGCAUUUCUCCACCGCAGCAAGCACCACACAGCUCCACAAGAAUCCACCUGCCAGCUUCAGUAAGCGACAGGUGGAAAUCACUAAGAACCUGUUCUACGUGGUCUGUGCCUUCGUUGCUUGCCUGGCUCCCUUCGCCAUCGCCCUCAUGAUACCACCUAGCGACCCGGUCAUUCCUUGGACCGGGAUGAUCAUCAUCUUCAACAGCGCUGUCAACCCGAUCAUCUACGGGGCCAAACACCCACACUUCAAAGAGGUGUUCCGUCACAUGUUGCGGUGCCGAUACCACAUGAUCCCCGAACCUUCUGGAUGCCUUCGAAAAAUCAGAUCUCGAUAGAUGUCUAUUAUUAUGACAGCACAAUGAUCAGCUUUGUAUUAAGCACGUAAAGCAAACUUUGCGUGCAGCUUUACAAACUUGGCGGUUGUGAGGGUUGGACAAGUACGGAAGCCCGUUAGGGCCAAGUACCUCUUUCUCUUUCACAGUGGUGCGUUUCUCUUUCACGGUGGUGCGUUUCUCUUUCAUGGUAGCUGGCCUCGCUUUCAUAACGCAUUACUCACGGCCGCGACUUAUUCAUCUCGCGGCCGCGACGUGAGUUAUUAUGUCGCGACAUAAUUAAGUCGCGGUCGCGAUCGAGUAAUUAUAUUAUUAUGUUGCGGCCUAAUUAAGUCGCAGCCGCGAGUUAGGCGUUAUGAAAGCGAGCGAAAACCACUGAUCUCUAUAUAAAGAGAUCAGUGGCAAAAACCCAAUAUUGAAAACACGCAUGCGUAAAGGAGCAGUGUGUAACCGAGGGAGACGGUAUUCCCCGUUCAUUGUAGACAUAUUCUACAACCAAUAUCGGACAUAAACUAGAUUAUGUUAUAAAAGAAAAUUUUAGUGUAAUGUCAACAUGAAAAUUGCUGUAAAAAUUAUUCACAGGUUGGAACUGUGUAAAAUUACAAAUUUCUUUUUACAGCGCAGAUUGAACGUUAGGCACUCUACUUUUUUUGAAUGAUUACUCCAACCCAUCAACUUCCGCCCUGAUUUGGGGUUUGGCGGAAGCUUGUUAAGCCGCAGUUGGUGUUGGAGUGGGGUGGAGAUUGGGAUAAGGGCUGGGCCGAGGGCUAGAUAUAAUGGUUGGCCUUCCAUCCUUGGUCAGAAAAAAUCACGGGUAUAAAUAACUAUAUUAGGCCCAUAAGUAAAUCAAUUACCGGAGAGUUUGGUUAUUUACGGUAGGCCUAUACUCUGUUUACAAACUGUAUACACGUAUAUUACUCGUCAGAAUCGUAUUGGAGCAGAAUAUGAAGAAAAAAAGCACCGAUUCUUCUCUGAUUUUAUUUUUGUAAUCGUAAAACAUUACAAGCUAAAACCAUUAUUGUGACAGAACUGUAAAUGUAACAUUUGUAUAUUUGGUUUACUUUUACUGUAAUUUGUUUUUAGUGUAAUAUAUUUUUGGGCAUAAACUACUGAUUAGUUAAAAUGUAUAUACACGUCUCUAUCUGGAAAAGAUAAUAUGCCCAAAGGAUCGAUUUGUGGCAAUCAUUUUCAGUAAUGGUAAAACCAAGUAUUCAUAUUUCGGUAUGCUUCUUUAUUAACGGUUGCUCUCCCGAUUUUUAUUUU